AUGGCUGGAGUGAUAUGUCAGCACAACACCCAAUGCAACAAUUAUGCACAGAGGAGUGAUCACCACCGCCAUGACGACCAACCUGAUCACCCUCACCACCAAACCCACCGCCCAACUCAGCUACACCUUCUAUCCUCCAUCCCCCUCGCUAUCCCCCUCUUCCACCCCAACAACAACCCUCCUCAUCUUCCUCAACGGCCUCACAGCCCCCCAAACCUCCUGGACGCCCGUAAUCCAACACCUCCAAACCACCCGCACAAACCUCCCCUCCCCCUCCCCGCAAUCCUCACCUACGACCGCUUCGGCCAAGGCCAAACCCCCAGUCGCGAUCCCCUCGACACCAACGCCCCGGACCCAUCCCACGGCCACGACAUCCUCUCCGCGGUGGCAGACCUCCACCAACUCAUUCUCCAAAUCGCCCAAACCCACCUCAACAUCACCGACCCAUUUCCCACCACCACCACCCAACCAACAUCACCAAACCUCCAAAUAAUCUUCACGGCCAACUCCCUCGGCUGCGCCCUCGCCCGUGUCUACGCCCAAACCUACCCCGGAACCGUCUCCGCCCUGCUCCUACUAGACAGCAUCCUCGCCAACUCCGAUUUCGUCUCUGUCUUCCCAGACCCUAGCACAUUCGACCCCUCCACUACCCUUCCGGAGGGAAUCACGUCCCAAGAUCUAGCAAUAGCCCGCGCCAUCGCCUCAAAGGUCUUCCAUCCUUCGGUGGGUAACAAGGAGGGACUUUCGAGGAGGAAUCUCGCGUCUUUAUUACCGGAUAGUAAUGGGCCGAGGCUUACGGGACCGGAUGGAAAGGGUCCGUGGGUGACGGUUGUGGGACACGACGGGGUGGCGUUUGCGGAGGAGAGUGUGAAGAUGUCGGGGGGACGGGUGUCGGGACGGGUGUUUGAGGAGUAUGUGACGCCGUACUGGGGGGAGUAUAAUCGGGGGUUGGUGGGGCUUACGGAGGAGGAGAGAGGUCGGGGACCCGUCGUGGCGGAGGGGAGUGGCCAUGUUGUGCAGUUGGGGAAUCCGGCGGUGGUGGGCAGGGAGUUGGCGGGGUUGUUGGAUAGGGUGUUGGGUUGA